AUGCCGUGGAGAGCCAACACUCUGACUAAAUUUGCUGUAGGGAAAUCUGACGAUGCUAUCAGUGACUCUGACCAGGGUUUUGAACAUGUUGGCCUGGAACCCAGUGCUGUGAAGCCUGGUCAGUUGCAUGGAGCUGGAACCUCAGAGGAUGGCCUUUUUGGAGUUUUUGCGGAAAAUGUGCAUGAGACAGGGCGCAAUGUGUUUCAAUUGGAGGAGCCUGGUCUUGUUAAAGGUCGCUGCUCACCGAGAAAAGGAGCGUUGGACCUCAAGGCAAAACUGGUGCCGAGGGGUCCUACACUCAAUGAGGCAAGCUUUGAACAGCACUUAUCUCAUGCAUUUCUCAGCACUAGAGGCCAGAUUAAGGUUGUCAUGCCAUGGGAAAAAGGAGUUUCCAAAAAGAUCUUCAAGAAACAGCCAGAAGAUCAGUUGCAGAACCUUUUCAAGCAGCCUCGUCAUUGGGUGGGGCUGGAUGCAGUGCCUGAAGUGGAAACGAGUGAAGAGCUGUCGUCGGCUACUGGCAGUCGGCACCAACUGGUCGGGGCCUUUUAUGAGCAUGCAUUGUCAUCAGUUUCUGAUCAGUCCUUCUUGCAACAGCGUCAAAGCAUUUUGGAAACUGCGGUAGAGAAAUGGUUCUGCAUCAUUAGAGUCAACAUGCUUGCCUCUUCAAUUGGGCAUGACAUCAUUGGUUUGGGCAGCAUGGAGGAGCAGAGAAAAGGUGCAUUUCAAAUCAUAGAAGCGGUGAUAGGCGUCAGAUCCAGAACCACUGCAAUCACAAGGGCCAACGCCUUGCUCAAGUUCUUGCGGUGGAGAGCUGACAACUCAGACAGUGAUGGUAAAGAUUUUUCAGAGAUAGAGGCAUGGACCUAUUUGAUUCAUUUGAGAGAGAGCAGCGCCGCGCCCACAAGGGCUACAAGUUUUCUGUCGGCUUGUGCCUAUGCAUUGCACGUAUUUGGAUUCUUGGGACUGGAAGCCAUCUGCUCCAGCAGGAGGCUCAAAGGUUUGGCGGAGUUGAUGCACGCUACAAAGGCUCCUCUGAAACAGGCCUUGGUUUUGACAGUUAGCCAAGUGAUGUUCCUUCAUGACAAGUUGGCUGCACAAUCGUGCAACCAUGUGGAUAGAGCGAUAGUGGCAUAUUUGUUGAUUGCCCUUUAUGGCCGUUGUCGCCAUAGUGAUCUGCAGAAUGUCGAGGAUGUCAUUCUCGACUUUGGCCCUGAGGGUGGGUUCAUGGAAAUAACAACCAAAACCCACAAGACAGCACGAACGGUGGCGCAGAAAACCAAGUUGCUGCCAGUGGUGAUCCCGGCGGUUGGCAUCAAUGGCAGAGAAUGGAUUUCAGAGGCAAAGGGUGCCCUGGAAGAGUAUGGCCUGAAGUUGGAAGGCCACAUUGGAGGCCCGUUGUUCAGACCCCCAGGGUCAUCGGGUGAGCCUCAUUGCAAGAGAGGAAUCACAUCGGCAGAGGUCACCCGCUUCCUGCGCCUCAUGCUUGAAGAUGAGGCAUCAGUCCAGAAGGAUACAAGGGUGUCGUCUCACUCCUUGAAAGCCACGGUUUUGUCGUGGUGUUCAAAGGCUUGCAUGGAAGCUUCAGACAGAGCGGUCUUAGGAAGACAUGCAAGCGCUUAUGGAGAGUCGAGUGCAGUCUACGCUCGAGACCUUGCAAUUGGUGCUGUGUUUAAGUUGCAGGAGGUGCUGAAAAAGAUCCAUGGAGGAGAGUUUUGCCCUGAUGCAGCCAGGUCAGGGUACUUCCCGUUGCAAGCCCAGACCUGUGAGGUCGAAUUGCCGCUUGAAAGUGAUGUGGUCAAAGUCGAAGAGGAACAGACUGAAGAGGAGCGGGCAACUGCUGCCCCCGACAAGGAACAAUUGCCUGAUGAAGAACAAUUUGAUGGCUCCUCUGGCAGUUCGGAGUCGAUGGAAGGCUCCGAUUCAGAGGAUGAGGUGGUGGAGCCCACCCCCAAGACCCAUGAAGUUUUGAAUCAAAAGUCGGCAACGAAACAGUUGGAUAUCUCAGCAGAGAGUUUGAUUGUGAAGGAAAAGCAGGAUACCCCCGACAUGACAGUCACUUCGGCGCUUCAAGUGCAAGAAGCCUUUCAGCGUCGCGGAUAUGCAAGGACCAAUGUGAGCCAGCUUGUGAAUGCUGACAAAGCUGUAUGGCAGAUGUUAUUGGAGGAGGGUGUACGGCCCAAAAGGGAUGAGACGGGGGUACUUGCUUUGGAUUCAAAGUUGUUGGAGAGUCUCCAGAGCUAUCGUCUUGACAAAGCUGUUGCAACGGCGAAACGUUUGGACCUUACUGUAGAGUCAGAGCAACGAGUGCUUUUGCAGUGGCUAGCAUCACCGUUGGUCGUUGGAAUCUUUCUGUCAGGAGUUGGUGUCUUCGAGCAGGCGUGGGGCAUUCCAUUUAGUCCAGAUGAAUUUAUACAGGAAGCAUUGGAGCGAGGGCAUCCCAAAUCUUUUUCUAGGCUGGUACCCCGAGUGUUACAAACUGCCAUCGAAAACAACUUUAGCAAGGACGCAUUGCACUCCUUACCUUUAAGUAGGAUUCAAUGGUUCACAAAAUGGACUGAAAGGGCCAAACAACUUCAGCAGCGAGAUAGGGAGAUCAAGAAUGCACUUCCAGACCAUGCAGCCAAGAUUUUGGAAGCAAAGCGUUUGGCUUUGUUCAAGGAAAUUUUGGAAGACCUUGAGUAUCCCGAUUUGGGUGUGUUUGAUGAGCUAGUCAACGGAACUGACCUUGUGGGGGAAGUAAAGCCUUUUGGAAUUUUUGAAAAAUCAUUCAAGCCAGCGGAGAGAACAGUACAGCAGCUGAGAGAAGCAAGCAAGUCAGAACGAAUGCUCAAUUUCUUCAAGUGCUCUUCAUCAGGAGACAAAGAAAUCGAUGACAUUGUUUACAGCAAAACAUUGGAGGAAGUUGAGUUUGGUUGGGCCACAGGGCCACUGCGGUUGGAAGACUUGCCUGGAGACGCAGUGAUCAGCAGAAGAUUCGGCCUUCGACAGCCAGGCAAGAUCAGACUCAUAGAUGAUCUUAGUGCCAGCGGAAUUAACCAAACGGUGCAAACAGCGGAAUCACCCAAACCACAUUCUGCAGAUUUCAUAGCAGCCAUGCUUUUGGCAGUGCUAAAAGUUAGCGAAGGUUCAAAGCUGAUGGGAAGGUCUUUCGAUCUAAGUAGCGCGUAUAAGCAACUCGCUAUCUCACCAAAUUCGUUGUCAUUUGCGUUUGUAGCAGUCUACAACCCUGACAAAGCCAGAGCAGAGGUGUAUCAAUUGCUUGCAGCACCUUUCGGUGCAACCAGAAGUGUGUAUUCAUUUUUGAGGCUGUCGAAUGCAGUUUGGUACAUUGGCGUCAAAGCCCUCAACCUCAUAUGGAGAUGCUUCUUCGAUGACUAUGUGGUCUUCAGCCGUGAUGAGCAUGUAAACAAUGCGGAGCAGUCCGUAUCUCUUUUGUUUAAACUGCUUGGGUGGAAAUUUGCUGAAGAAGGGGACAAGGCGGAUACCUUUUGUAGAGAAUUUGGUGCGCUUGGCAUUCGCAUCAUUCUGGAUGAAGCGGACAAAGGACUGGUCAAAUUUACAAACGCUGAGAAAAGAUCCACAGAGUUGAUCAGCACAAUAAACACCUUUUUGUGCAAAGGCAACAUGACGGUUUUGGAGGCGCAAAAGCUCAGGGGACGCAUGCAAUUCAUGGAUGGUCAGUUGUUCGGACGUUUGGGAAAGUUGUGUAUGAGAGAGGUCACCAAUCAUGCGUGUGACCCGAAAACUUCGAAAUUGAGUGCGAGGACAUACGAUGCAUUGCAACGGUUCAUCAUCUUCUUGGAGCAUGCAGAGCCACGACGCAUACAUCUGAGCACUGACGAUGUUUGGCAUAUCUAUACUGAUGCAUGUUAUGAACCAACUUCGUGCGACUGGAAAUGCGGUCUGGGAGGUGUCCUAGUAGGACCCAAUGGAAAACAAGUCGCUUACUUUUCGGUACCUUUGAGCGAUGAACAGAUGGGGCUUUUGGGAUCUGAAUCGAAGAAGACAAUAAUCUUCGAAGCGGAGCUUUUGGCAUUGGUACUCGCUUUUUCAGUUUGGCGUGAGUACAUUGCAGCCUUCUCUCUGAUUUGUUUUGUAGAUAAUAACUCGGCGAGAGAUGUCGCCAUUUCUGGAAAUGGUAGGAACAUCACUGCAAAUUGUUUGAUCGAAUUUUUGCUGAAAUUGGAAAUGUCAUGUUGCACAACACCCUGGUAUGCAAGGAUUCCCACACCUUCAAACAUUGCAGACGAACCCUCUAGAGGGGAAAUACAGAAUUUCAUAAAAUUCAACGUGCCUGGUACGUCUGUCCAAGACGGUUUGCACGAAAUCAUGUUAGCUCUGGCAGAGAACACGGUUAUGAGGGGAUCCUUACACUGA